UUGCUUUCGGCAAAAUUCCGGAAACACUCGACCGUUCAUGCCAUCCUCAAAACCAGUUUAUACUGGAUUUGCGCCUCUCAAAUACACUGAUGUUGUAGAUUUUCAAAGUUUCGAAGCCUUAAAUUCGUGUUAAGGAGGAGCAACAAUACUACCUUACCAUGGCGACGAUAACAGAGCAAGCAAUGAAAUUGCUCGAUUUCAACCAGAAGCUGGACAUCACCUUGCUGGACAACAUAGUCGGCUGCAUGUAUACUGGAAUAGGAGAGCAGCAACGAGCGGCCCAAGAAGUGUUGACUACCCUGAAGGAACACCCUGACGCGUGGACGAGGGUCGAUACAAUCUUGGAGUACUCCAGCAACCAGCAAACCAAGUACUUUGCUCUUCAAAUUUUAGAGCAAGUCAUCAAAACCAGGUGGAAAGUCUUGCCUCGAGCGCAGUGUGAAGGUAUCAAGAAAUACAUUGUGGGACUUAUCAUCAAAACCUCUUCAGAUGCUUCAACCUUAGAGGCUGAGAAAGUCUAUCUGAAUAAGCUUAACAUGAUUCUUGUCCAGGUUUUGAAACGAGAAUGGCCAAACAACUGGCAGUCGUUCAUUCCUGACAUUGUGGGUGCAAGUAAAACAAAUGAAAGCCUGUGCCAAAACAACAUGGCAAUUUUGAAGCUGCUAAGUGAAGAGGUUUUCGACUUCUCCAGUGGACAAAUGACACAAAGCAAGGCAAAGUUUUUGAAGGACUCCAUGUGCAACCAGUUUGGCCAAAUAUUCACUCUUUGUCAAUUUGUCAUGGAGUCUUCACAAAACGCACCUCUAGUUGCGUCAACUCUGGAGACACUUCUUAGGUUCCUCAAUUGGAUUCCGUUGGGCUACAUUUUUGAAACAAAGCUCAUCAGCACUCUCAUAUACAAGUUUCUCGGAGUGCCGCUGUUCCGCAAUGUGACACUAAAGUGCUUAACCGAGAUUGCCGGUGUGACAGUCACAAACUAUGACGACAUGUUUGUUGUACUUUUUACGGACACAAUGAUUCAGCUGGAGCAGAUGCUGCCGUUGAAUACAAAUAUCCGAGAGGCUUAUUCAAGAGGCCAGGAUGCUGAGCAGAACUUCAUCCAGAAUUUGGCUAUGUUCCUGUGCACCUAUCUAAAAGAGCAUGGCAGCUUAAUAGAACAGAAACAUAUCGAUGAUACCCUUUUGAAGGCCCUGCAUUAUCUUGUACUGAUCUCAGAGGUAGAGGAAGUCGAAAUCUUUAAGAUCUGCUUAGAGUACUGGAAUAGUUUGAGUGCUGACCUCUAUCGCGAAAGUCCCUACCCCACGCAGUCCAGUCCUCUGUUCCUUGGGAAGAUCAACUCUACCCUUCCACCCAGAAGGCAGUUCUACAGUCCUGUUCUAACAAAGAUUCGGUACAUCAUGAUCAGCCGAAUGGCCAAGCCUGAAGAAGUCCUUGUGGUGGAGAACGAGAAUGGUGAAGUUGUGCGAGAGUUCAUGAAGGACACGGACUCCAUCAAUCUGUACAAAAACAUGCGUGAGACUUUGGUAUACCUAACUCACUUGGACUACGCAGACACCGAGCGUAUCAUGACAGAGAAACUUCUCAACCAAGUCAAUGGAACCGAGUGGUCAUGGAAAAACCUAAAUACGCUUUGUUGGGCAAUAGGUAGCAUCUCUGGAGCCAUGCACGAAGAAGACGAAAAGAGGUUCUUGGUCACUGUCAUUAAAGAUCUUCUGGGUCUAUGUGAGCAGAAGAAAGGCAAAGACAACAAGGCCAUCAUUGCUUCCAACAUUAUGUAUGUUGUUGGGCAAUAUCCCAGAUUCCUCAGAGCGCACUGGAAGUUCCUCAAAACUGUGGUCAACAAACUAUUUGAAUUCAUGCACGAAACCCACGAUGGUGUGCAGGACAUGGCUUGUGACACAUUUAUCAAGAUUGCUCUCAAGUGUAGGAGGCAUUUUGUGCAAAUGCAGGUUGGAGAGGUAAUGCCGUUCAUCGAGGAAAUUUUGGCCAGCAUCAGUACAAUCAUUUGUGACUUGCAGUCUCAGCAAGUUCACACAUUUUACGAGGCUGUCGGUUACAUGAUUAGUGCCCAAGUUGACCAGCGAGUUCAGGACCACUUAAUCGAGAGCUACAUGAUGCUGCCCAACCAAGUAUGGGAUGACAUCAUCGGUCAGGCCUCUAAGAACGUCGACGUUCUCAAAGACCAGGAGGCGGUCAAGCAGCUCUCCAGCAUACUGAAAACCAAUGUCAGAGCCUGCAAAGCGCUCGGCCACCCAUAUGUACUCCAACUUGGUCGCAUCUACCUUGACAUGCUGAAUGUGUACAAAGUAAUGAGUGAAAACAUCAUAUCUGCCAUUGCACUGAAUGGCGAACAAGUUACUAAGCAGCCCCUCAUCAAAGGCAUGCGCGUCGUCAAGAAGGAAACUUUGAAACUCAUCUCUGACUGGGUCAGCAGAUCCAACGACCCACAAAUGGUGUUGGAAAACUUCAUUCCUCCUCUCUUGGAUGCUGUUCUGCUCGACUACCAGCGCACUAGUGUUGCUGCUGCUAGGGAACCUGAAGUUCUCAGCACCAUGGCAACUAUUGUCAAUAAGUUAGGCAAUCACAUCACUCCCGAGGUGCCCAAAAUUUUCGAUGCUGUAUUUGAAUGCACCCUGCAGAUGAUCAACAAAGACUUUGAAGAGUACCCUGAGCACAGAACGAAUUUCUUCCUCCUUCUGCAGGCAGUGAACAACCAUUGCUUCCCAGCAUUCCUCAACAUCCCUCCUGCCCAAUUCAAGCUGGUUCUUGACUCAAUCAUUUGGGCUUUCAAACACACAAUGAGGAAUGUUGCAGACACAGGCCUUCAAAUCCUCCACCAGCUUUUGCAAAAUGUUGAGCUGCAUGACGAGGCAGCACAAAGCUUCUACCAAACCUAUUUCACCGACAUACUGCAGCACAUUUUCUCAGUGGUGACGGACACGUCGCACACAGCUGGUCUAACCAUGCACGCCACCAUCCUGGCCUACAUGUUCUCCAUGGUGGAGAUGGGCAAGAUUAGUGUGCCUCUUGGCCCUGGCGCCACCUCGGCUGCCGAGAAUGUGCUCUACAUUCAGGAGUUUGUUGCAAAUCUGCUGAGGCAGGCGUUCCCUCACUUGACGGACAACCAGAUCAAGAUCACUGUGCAGGGUCUGUUCAACCUCGACCAGGACAUCAACGCCUUCAAGGAGCACUUGAGAGAUUUCCUUGUUCAGAUCAGGGAGUACACGGGAGAGGACGAUUCAGACUUGUUCUUGGAGGAGCGAGAACAAGCGUUGCGACAAGCGCAAGAUGAGAAGAGACGUGUACAAAUGGCAGUGCCUGGCAUUCUGAACCCUCACGAAAUGCCUGAAGAGAUGCAGGACUAGGAUAAAUCUGAAGUAAUACACGCGACACACAAAAUAACAACAGUGAUGACAUUAGAGUUAGUUGUACCAGGUUAAUGUUUUGCUGUACCCUUCGUUUUAACCAUAUCCGCGAGUCUAACAUUCUUCGAAAUAUAUUUCCCCGACAGCCAGAGCGAGGACUUGCGGCGGAGCAAUUUUUUAAACUUUCCAAUAUGAGAAUUUAAAACACCCAUUUAUGCAGCAACGGAAUCUAGUUUUGCAAAAUGAUGCAAUUAUUACAUCGUCAAUACCUUCACCGUCACAAAGUGAGGUUGCAUGUGAGAGGAUGAAUGCCGGAGUUUUUAUCUUUUCCAGUUUAUUUGCUAUUUAUGGACCAAGACUGCCAAAACAUUAACAGGAAAAUCCUAACAGCUACGUGUCGCUGGUUUCUUUUGUUUCAUUACCUUCUUUAAAUUAGUAAAAAAAAAUCAAUCUCGAAGAAGCUUGUAAUCCAGGCCCACCCGAGCAGCCAGCAUUUUCAUCAUUCAUCAUUGCCUGAUUAGCGUACGCCUUUAGCUACCAUUAAUUUUGACUUCGUACAAUUUAAGGAACUCCAAAGUGUUUGUGUGCGAGGUAAAAACAGUGCUAAUCUAAUAAUUUUGACAGAUGCGCAAAGGGUGUCCUAAUCAUUUUUUUUCUAACACACAUACAGUAGUAGUUCUUUUAUUGUAAUGUGAACUUGUCAGUGAAAACAGCAAUGCACUUCUGUUUAAAGAGGUUGAUAACUACUCAUCUUGAAAGGGUUCAUAACCCUUCAGGGUCGAUGUGAAAUUAGAUUUCAAACAUGUUUUUGGUAUGAUGGCUGCUUACGUAUACAUGCUUUUGUAAGUUAGAAUGCAAUGUGAAGAUAAAUCAAUAAACAUAUUUUACACAUAAU